AGGGGCGGGCUUACACCUUUCAGUGGGAAUCCUCGGUUCAAAAAGCUGCCAACGUCCCCUCGUGAGAGAGUGUGGGUCUGUUUCUGCUUUCACUGUGACUCGAAACGACAAAAACCGGACCGAAAUAUGCUCUCCAUAAACGGGACACGGGUUUAUUUUCGUUGACUCAUAGGAAGUUUCUAAAUUUUUAACUGCGCUGAAGUUCGAGACAAACUGAAAAAGAAGAAGACACAAAACAGCAACAAGUCGUGCAGGUGGUAGACCACACGUUGACCGGGGAACCAGAUCACAUCCAGACCUUCUCGUCUCACCUGAGCCCAACAAGAAAGAUUCAAAUGUCCGUGGAGAGUUAUUCGGCGCUGGAUGAGUCCUCUCUCCGAGCCUUGCUGGAUGGAACCAUGGAUCUGGACGAGAGGCGCCUCAUCCGUUCAGCCAUCCGGGAGUUAAGGAGCAGGGAGAUCGAGGACAUGGAGGCCGCUCUGGCCAGCAAGAGAGUUCGACCCACACGCCUCAAACAGCAGGAGGACAAGGAGAACCAGCACAGGUCAGAAUCCAGCGCCAACUUGGACGUCCUGUCACGAAAACUGCAAUCAAUCGAGGACAUUGAUGAGCUCACGAAAAUGCUCCGUGCCGCCAGCGAGUAUGAGGAGAGGAAGAUGAUCAGAGCAGCCAUCCGACAAGUCCGAAAUGAACAGCAGCAAGGGACUGUGGAGCGGGGUAAAGCUCAGGGUCGCUGCCUGGAGCCUGAGAGUGUGGAGCCCCAGAGUAGCAUGGGAACUGGGUUGACCGAGCGGGAGAGUCACAGUGAGCGAGAGCGUAUCAGAUCUCCGAUCCGGGAGUUACACGCCCAGCACACACAACAAAGCAGAGAGCUGCAGAGAAGAGGCUCCAACUCAGGCAUGGUGUUGGUUCUGGAUCACCUGGUGAAGGACGAUGGCCCUGGACCUCUGCUGAUCCAGCCUCAGAGAGAGGCUGCUACAACAGAGCCUGAACUGGUCCUGUCUCAUCGUCAAAGGUCCGACUCCUCAGCUUCAGACCGCAGUGUGACCUCUGUGCUUUCAAUGCCCAAUCUGGAUUCUGUGGCCUCAGAGAAGAGUCUGGGCUCAGCCUACAGAGCCCGGCUGGACUCUGGAGCCUCAGACAGAAGCCAGAGUCCCUUACAGCGUGGUCGGCUAGACUCUGGGGCAUCAGAGCGAAGCCUCAGCUCCCUGUCUUACGUCAGACAAAGACUGGGCUCAGAUGUCUCAGACUCUGUCAGACCGCGUCUGGGCUCUGGGGCUUCAGACAGCAUUGGUCUUUUGUCACGGAAACGGACUGACUCGGGUACAUCUGACCAGAGUGUCAGUGUAUCCUCUGAGGACAGAAGUCCAGCAGAGAAGGUGGAGGUCGCCACGAGGGGUUCAACUUCCAGCACAGAUUCAGAAACCGAGAGCGGAAGCCAAGGUCCAGCCAGCCUCCAUGCUCGGUCCAAUCAGGACCGCAUCAUUGACCAGGAGCAGCCUGAUGGGGCUGUUUUUUCCAGGAGAGAUCCUGGAAAUGGCCUGCUCAACGGUAGCGCCAAGGGAAAAAUCGACAUCCAGAAACAAAAGAUGACAAUUAACAGCGAUCUGUCUCUCACUCGUGGCAAAGAAAAGGAUUUGGCACCUGAGAAGAAAGAUGUUAUAUUGGAACAAUUCAACCGCACCAACUCUGUACGUGAUCGAAUGCGCAAGUUCACGGAGCCCAGCCAGAGCCCAAACGUCCCAGCUUUGAAGAAAGAUCCUCUAAGGAACGGGACCACCACUGGCAGUAGCGGCAUGACAAAUCUCUCCAGAGCCACUGAGCUGUUUACACACACAGCAGCAUCCCUCAGCACAUCUGGAGACAAGCCAGCAGGGCCAUGUGUGGACUCCACUUCCCGCACCCCUGCCGCAUCCCAUAGUCAGGCCAUACCUCAGCCAAGAGGUGUGGCUAACAAACCUCUGUCUUCAGCUAGCCAAUGGCAGAACUCCAUGGGUGGGACGAGGCAUCCAGCUGAAAAAGAUGUGCAUGCCUCCAGUAACUCAAAGGAAGACAGGAGCCCAGGGAGAGCAGCUGGACAGCAGGUCACCCAGGGAGAGGCAGACCCAGACAUGAAGACUUUCCUCACCAUCGAGAUCAAGGAUGGACGUACCACCACCUCCUCUACGUCCUCCCCUCGGGGCAACAUCGUACCCAUCACCAACGUGACCCCACGCAUUACCUCUAAUGCACCUGGACAGAGAGCAGAAUUGACCCUUGGCCUCAGAGCUACACCGUUCAAGAUCUCCUCAUCCAGCCUCUCCUCCGGAUCCUCCAUCAAGAUGGAGACGGAGCCCGUCGUGGCGUCUGAGCCGGUGUUUUCAGCUGGACCGUCUGCCCAGGUGGCGUGUCACGUCCCGGCCAUCCCCAACGGCUCCAGCACUCGGGCCAAACCCGACGAGCGCUCCGGAAAACUGACUGAAGAACAGCUGGCUGCUAUCGAGGACGAAGAGCUCCUUGACAAAAUGCUCGAUGAGUCGAAAGACUUUGAAGAGAGGAAGAUGAUCCGUGCAGCAAUGAGAGACCUUCGCAAGAGAAAGAGAGAGGCCAUGCUGGGAUGUACUCAAGAGGAGAUAGACCAGAGAGAAAAGGAGCGCGAGACCCGUCUGCAGGAGCUCCGGCAGCAGAGAGAAGAGCGAACACAGAAAGGCCUCGCUGGUGUCGGAGCAGGAGAGGUGGUGAUGAGGAAGGUGGAGAAGUCAGCGGAUGGCUCCAAACUCAGUCAAGUCACCAAGACAGACCGCUUUGCUUCAUCUGAUGAUGGGAUCCGAUCAACACGCAGCACUGUCGUCGAAGCCAGUUAUGUGCAGAAAACAGACAGAGGGACAGUCCAGUCCAAAUCAUUCAGCUACAGCUCUUCCACAUCCUCCUCCUCCUCCUCCUCCAACACAAGCAAAAAAGUGGGCAGUGUGUUUGAUCGCGAGGAUGACACAUCGUCCCGCAGCGGCAGUGGCGGGUUAGCCGCAGUGGAGCGAAGGCAGGCAGAGAGGCGCAAGGAGCUGAUGAGGGCUCAGACUCUGCCGAAGACCUCGGCCAUGCAGGCCCGCAAAGCCAUGAUAGAGAAGCUGGAGAAGGAAGGAGGAGGCCCUGGAAAUCAGGCGGUCGCCAAGGUAAACAAGGUCCAGCGUUCCACCAGCUUUGGUGUACCCAACGCAAACUCCAUCAAGCAGAUGCUGCUCGACUGGUGCCGUGCCAAGACCCGCUCGUAUGAGCAUGUGGAUAUACAGAAUUUUUCAUCCAGCUGGAGUAACGGCAUGGCAUUUUGUGCCCUGGUGCACAAUUUUUUCCCUGAAUCCUUUGACUACGCCUCCCUGAGCCCCAGCAACCGCAGGCAAAACUUUGAGGUGGCCUUCAGCACUGCAGAGAAACUAGUGGACUGUCCCCAGCUGUUGGAUGUGGACGACAUGGUGAAGAUGCGCGAGCCGGAUUGGAAGUGUGUGUAUACGUACCUGCAGGAGUUCUACAGAGGUCUGGUGACGAAAGGCCUGGUUAAAACCAAAAACUCCUCCUAGAGUCGCACCCCACCUAAAACUGAACCCAUGGAGCUACGCCAACUGCAUGCCUUUGCUGGAAGUGGAGGACAUGAUGAUCAUGGGUAAUAAACCCGACUCCAAAUGCGUCUUCACCUAC